AUGACCAACAGUCGUGUAACGACGGCCGAGAAGGAGGAGGCGCAGAGGCCAGCGCAGGACGUUCCGACGCGACCCAAGACUCCCGAGCGGAAGACACAACAGCCCGCCCCUGCCACCCCGCGCAGCCGGAGUGCGGUCCGGAUCGUCGACGCGAUGGGGCGCGAGGUCGAGGAGCCCGCGCCGGAGGCGUCUGGCUCGCGUGACGUCCGACGCGGGCUGGACACCGAGCUGGCGGAGGCGUCGCUGUCGGUCGUGGAGGACGAGGGGUCGUCUGUGUUUUCUGUGGACAUGCCGACGCCGCCGGCGCACAACGAGGCGCUUGCGCUGGGGCGGGAGCAGGUGGGGAACAUGAAGAAGGAGGCGCGGCAGGCGGAGAAGGACAGGUCGUGCCGGGAGCGGGCGGUGGACGACGGGCGGGCGCGGACGCUGGAGGACGCGUCGAGCAAGGCGCGGAGCAUGCGGCGGACGAUCUCGCAGACGCUGCAGCGGGUGGAGGACGCGGCGGAGAGCGUGCGGACGAGUCGGUACGCGCCGCUGCGCGAGAGCAUGCGCCGAAGCACGAGUCGGUUCCUGCCUUCCGCGAUGUCGGAGACGGGGGUCAAGCUGUCGUGGAGCCGCGGUACCUGGCUGUUCUGGGCCUUUGUGCUUAUCCAGCUCGGAUUCUGUCUGGUCAUAUUAUCUAACAUGCGGGCUCGUCGACUGUUCCUGACGACGUACUACGACCCGUUCUACGCGGACGUCUACCUCUUCACGCGCACGCACCCGUCCCCAUCGAACCCAUCCGCGAUCCCGCCGCACGCGAGCUGGUACGAGGUGCCUGCGAUGCUCGCGCGCGGGGGCUGGGGCUGGCAGGGCGCGGUGCAGGAAGUCUGGAGCGGGGCGAUGUGCGCUCUUUCGCUACGGCCGUGCGAACCGGGUGCGUCGGAGGUGUGGAACAACGCCGCGCACGGUCACACUCACUGGCCGCCGGCAUGA